GCGCACGAACCAUUAUUUUGAAAUUCAUCAUGCGCAGUCCCGACCAACAUGGCGGGCCAAGUGUCAUAAAUUUUUAUUCUUUUGCAAUUUUGUGCACACAAGAAGACGCCGUGGCCCAGCCUGGAGUGUUCCUAUGCUAGAUUUGGGCGUGUUUCGGCGGUUUUUCGGCGGAAGAUGCCCGUGCUGCUAAUGCUGUUAGUUUUCCUGCUGCAAGAUGUCCUGCUAGCCGAAGAUUGCGGGAGGUUCACGGAAGCUCUGGGCGAUUUCUCUAUCCGUGCGGAGGAGUUCAGCCGGUUAGGAUAUAGCAAGUGCUCGGUACAGAUCGUGGCACCGCAGAACAAGACCAUCGAGCUGAGUAUAACCAGGCUCCAAGGCUUCCCCGUUGUAAAUAUUACAAACCCCCUCGCCCAGUGCCUCCCCAGAUUAGAAGUCCGAGAAAAGGGCUUGCUUGGUGAUGUUGGCCUUGUAUACAGCAUAUGCAAUGGACUCGAAGAAGACAGCAUUCCUUUGAAUAUACGCUCUACCAAGCACCAUAUUAUCCUGGACUUUUUGUGGGACUCCUCAGUCGACAGUAGUUUUCAAGCAAGAUACUCUUUUCAAGACAGUACACAAGUGGAAGGGGAAAAGGACACAUUUGAAGAGCAAGUGACAUGCGCGUUCCAGUGCAGUGACAACCAAUGCCUUCCCACUAUGCAGUUGGUGUGCAACGGCAGAAAAGACUGUCAAGAUAAUUCUGAUGAAAAAGACUGCCAGAUGAACAGUGCCAGCCUAGCAGACACACAAAAUACGGAGUUUAUCCAGAUCAUCCUCAUCGUUGUAGCGGUGACCGUGACUGUCGCAGUGAUUAGCUGCAUCUUCAACCAUUACAAGCGUGCAAGAAAUUCUUGGAUGGAACGCCGAAGUCAGAGAGAACGGGUACUGUACAGUCCUCGGACCAGGAGAGAACGGGAGCGGCUAGCGCGGCAGGAAUCAUUACAACGUCAGACACUAACCAUACAGCAGCAGCCGAGAUUCCACUUUCCACACUCGGACAUCGACCUGCCGCCGGCCAUCCAGCUGUCCGAUGGGGAGGAGCACCCGCCCUACACAGACCAGAGACACUUACAGCUGAGAAACCCCGACCAGCAGCGGGAGUUAGAACGCGAAUCUGUGCAACCGCCCCCCAAUAGAACUAUAUUUGAUCGGCCCGACUUUCCUCUCUACGACACGGGACAAUUCCCGGGCCCUCCGAGCCACCACAGUGGGACUCACACGAGAACACAGUAUGGGAGUACAAAUUCGUCGUACGGCGACCCCCCGCCGCGGUAUAGUGAGGUCGUUUCCAGUCCUCAGAAGUACGAGGUCAAAAGUGGAGCUGCCGGGUCGGGAAAAGUAUGACACGAUGCGUCGCGGGCAGUUGAUGUCAUCCUCUGCUCGGUCUACUCUGUCAGCUUUCCACGCACGUGAUGCCAAAAUCACGCUAAUGACUGUUUACGUCGAGGCUAAGUGAUAGGGGUAUACACAUACAAAUCCUGUCCGUAUACCAGCCAGUAUUCUCCUUUCGACUGGAAGUGCAGUGCGCUGUCUUUACGUUGGACUUACACCGUCAUGGAAGUCUCAAAGCCACUCCAUGAUAAGCCGAGUACAGUAGAUUCCAUUCUCGUCCUUUCUAUACAACAGCGUUCUUCCUUAUUAAGUUCACACACACACACACACAUCCACCCUGCCCCUAAUAUUGCUGCCUCUAUUCCUGGUGCUUUUCUUGGGUUAUAAGUUGUAUUUUUGCUGUUGAUGGUGCUCACAAGGAAGAGUGUUGUACAUAUGGUGGAUAUGUACCCAAAGGGUAAAGGCUUUUUUAAGACAACAUAUCAAGUCCCUUGGGGUAGCAAGUAGGAAGUGCUCUGUGCCAACCCUAGAGGGGUAACUGCCUCCGUCAUCCCACCCCAGCCAAGGAAUCACUCUCCCUUGCCCCCGGCCGAGAUCCAAGGCGAAAAAAAAAAGUUUUAAAAAAGAAAAGUCAUUUUUCCCUUACUGUGAGGUAGAACUGGGAUAUUUUGUUGUGCCUGAGAAGUGUGAUUAGUGUAAUAUGGCCAACUGCAUACGUUACAUAGAAUGCAUUUCGUUUUUUCAUGAGACCCCCCCCCCCCCCCCUUCCCUCUCCCCCUUCCCCAUUUCAUUGGAAAACUCUCUCCGACCACUUCUUUCAGAUUCCAUUAGUGUGCUUCGUGAAUGAUUUGUAUCAAUGGUUCCUCGUUCUAAUCUGCCAACGCACAAAUGCUGACAGCAAUAUACGGUGUAUUUGCUGUUGCCUGGGAUGCCUGAUUGUUUGAUCGUACUGAAGCUGCAUAGAAUAGGAUCUGUAGGAUAGGCCCCUCCGGUGUGCUGUAGGGGAAAGCAUCACUGCCAUGUGUAUGGUACAGUUUGUGUAUGUUCGUACUAAGUAAAUCUGGAAGCACCUGUCCUUGUGUGAAUCAUUUCAAGGCUGCUGAAAAGGUAUUUACCUUUUACAAAAAGAAAAAAAAAAGCUGAGAAUGCUUUUAAAAAAGUUGCACAAGAACAGUACGAAAAUUAUUUAGCGAGAACAAUUAUUAUAACACUGGACAUUCAGUUGGAAUGGCUGCAGAAAUGCUGUUUACUUCACACUGCCAAAUGGGAGAUUCCACAACUACGAUACAGAUAUGCAGGGGGGAACGCUUCCCAGGUGGAAUGUACCACUCCUGGGAGGGGGGUGUUGGGUGGUGAGGGAUAAAGCUUGGCUUGCUCUUUGCAGUUUGAUAUUGCCAUAAAAGAUGAAAACAGAAUGAUGUGAAUUUUAAUGAAAAAAGGAGUGACUGUAAACAUCACACUUUUCUAUAGGGGGUACUUUCUGUGGUGGGAUGAGGGCAGCUCCCCUCAGGAUGUCUGCUAAGGAGCAAAGGUCAUGACCUCUGACCUUGAGCCUGUGCCUGAUCCUACCCACAGUUGCAAUGUGUAUCAGCUUAUAGAUAUCUUUAUUUUAUUUGGAACGAAACAAGUGAAAAGUCCUGUGCUUACGUCAAACUGAACUUUUUGGCACAUUUAAUGACAUUGAAUGUGUACUUAUCAUUGUUUGGCAUCAAAAUUUGACCUAAAAGUUUUUUUCCCCUUUGAUUGAAAUAUGGAAAAAGGGCAUUUUUUUAACUAAUUCCAUUUGUAUCUGGAAGAGUCCCACCAACCACUGGUCCCAGCAUGUCCACCUGUAUAUUGUAUGUCCUUGUGGGUAACAUUUGGCACUGUGCAAGCGUGACUGCUCGCCGUUUCCUGCUUUUGUCUGCGGACACGUUUCUGGGUCGGAACCAACGACGAUAACUGGUGCAAACCGGUUUCAACUGGUGCAAGCCAGUUUCCUCUGACCCAGGAGCAAGAAAAAAAAAAACACGAAAACCUGAAACCAGCAUAGUUAACAUUUAGAUCUUGCAAUGGUGUUGUGUAUGCACAAUUGUUCUCGCUGUGAAAAGAAAACGACACGCGGCCGCGCGUGUCUCUAAGCUUAUGACAAUCCAAGGGGCCUGUUGAUUAUAAAGUUGCGAACUUUGCAAUACAGCACUGAAACUGAAGAACUCAGCUACUGCUUAUCCUGAAGAACUCGAUGUGCAAAGUAUGAUUUGCCUUACAUGUUACUCGAACUGAAAGAAGUGGUAUACUGGUACUGGAUGGCCAAAAUUGUCAGUUUUUACAAGAGCAACCAAAAAGUCUUUGAUACUCCACUUGAUCCUAGGUUAGUUUUCAUUGAAAUGUUGAAUAUCAAUUUUAUAAUGUUGAAUAUUUUAAGUGUAGUUGAAUUAGUGGACGCUUUAUUCACCAGGAAGCUAGCGGACUCUCAACCCCGAACUGUAAGAUAAAAUUGUAGCUAAGACCUGACGACUGAGUGAAAAUAAAAAUCUUAAAAUUUUUAUGUACACUGAUGUAAAAUAUUUUGCUGAAAGCAAACACGAAGCUUGUAUAUGUCAAUUGUAUUUGUAAAAUAUAUCUGAAGUCUGAAAGGCUUUGUAGCUUAAGUAAGUGGUGUAUAUUUUUUCCUUUUGUAAAAAUGCUUCCAUGAUAUAUGUACAAUUUUUUGUCAAUAGGUGGAACUUGUGCCUCCUUCUUUCCUUUGAGCAGUUGUGGAGUCACUUCCGCUGCCCUCACUCUCUCUAACUCUCUCUAACUGUCCUGUAACUUCCUUCCCUGACUUCCUGUUCUCUCGGUGCUCCAUGUAUUUUAUAUUCUAAUUAGUUCUCUAUCAGUACUGUAUGGGUGUGUUAGUGGUGAAGUUGUUGAGACCUACAAAAGUAGACCUAUAACGUUUUCACCUAUGUAAUAGGUUCCGCUUACACUUCGGGGUUUUGAGCUCUUACCGUUGUUUGUUUAACAUUGUCUCAUAGGUAUAAACAAGACGAAGACAGAUGAUGAUUAUUCGAAAAUUUUUAUUGUAUUAAUAAUAUUUGUUCCAUUCAUUGGCAUUGACGGCUCGAUAGUGUGACUAUGGCUCAAUGCCUGUUCCUUAAACAAAGUCUAGCUCCCACCUCUGGAGGAGUGCAGCCAUGUUGACUGUGUUGUCGUAGUAGUCUACUGGGUGACGUUACGAGAUGAGUUCAAGACUGUGUAUACACUAUUUAUCCUUGGAAACCUUGCACUGAUGCACUGGUGCCAGACGCAGACAAAACAAAACUGUUACCAACCCAUUUACAACAACUUACUGCCUUGAAAUACCUUUCACAGGCCCCCCUCCUGCAAGUAGUUUUCUGGCCAAGUCUCAAUAUCUCCAUACUUUGCCAGGUGCCAAGUUGACAAGAAACACUAACAUCUUGUUGUAUUGUCAGUCCAAAACGGCAGGCUGAAGAUAUAUAUAUACUUUAAUCGGUUCGCCACAACACGUUCGCAUACGUCCAAAAAUCUUUAAAUGCUGCUCGAAAGAAUCUUCAUGAAGGGGGACCACUGGUGUUUCAGAUACCAGCACACAGUUGGUAUACACAGUAAGGUGUUUUUGAGGGUUGAACACAUAUUGUAUGGCCUUUAAAAUGGACUGUAUUGAAGUUGGCGGGUGUAUGGCAAGUUCCAUGGACCUCUUGCACAGCAAUAUCACACGUUUUUGUCCGAAAUUUAUGGACUAAAAAUUAGGUAAGGAAAGAUUGGGCAGUUUGACACUGGGUGUUGUAUGUUAUUAGCCAGGAUUUCAUGUUUCUUUUUCUUUUUUUUUUACAACAAUCCAGGCAUAUAAUAUGUAGAAAACAGUUUUGAAACAGAUCAGUUCCAGUCACUGAGUCCGUUGUGUAAAACACCCUUUGUUAACUGUGAUAUUUUUCCUGUGAUGUUCUAGCGUAAAUGGUGCUUUACUCUGCUGUGGCUGUAUGAAUGAAUGGCAGCACAUAGCAUAGGCAAUAAAAAAAAUAACUACCGACUGUGAGCUACAGUAGAGGCGCUUGGAAACUCGAUCUGCUGCCCUCCCCCAUUGGUUAUCAGACUUUUUGUCGUUGCAUAUAGACGAACAUGAGACAUUGUGAAAAGCGUGCCUCGCGGACCUAGCAUGUAUGUUGUCAGGUGCGAUCAGCCCCACCUCAGAGCCAGGACUUGGAUGUACAUGCUGAGUUAAUAAAAUGGUACUAAGUUUUGUA